AUGUGGAGGCCGUUGCGCAUAUCUCUCGCCACAUUUAGUUCCUAUGCUUGUUUCUGCGCGUCAACGCCAACGUUGGCAUCCUCGUCUACAUUGGCAGGUGGUGCGGCAGGCCGUUGCUUCAGAGCUCCGGCGAGUGUUGGCAGUGACGCAAGGAAUGCAAAGCAGCAGCAAGCAAAUCCGUACAAGUCAUGGGAGCACUUGAAUCAUAAGUGGCUUAUUAUGAUGUGCAUCGGCUGCCUCGCAGGGGGUCUUGCGGCCGGCCAGGUGGUGGACGUGGACGAGAAUGCUCUGCGUCCCCCGUUUUCGAAGGAAGCUGUGCUUGCAGACAUUGGAAAGACCUUCGAGUUUCGCCCCGAUUUGGCUGCCACAAGCAUCCGUGUGGCCUUUCUCCUUGCUGCUCGCCGUGCGGGGUUUGCCACAGACAACCUUGAUGAGUCCUGUGCUGUCGUCAGCGGUCUGGACGACAUCGCGGGUGUGCUGCGCCAGCUUGCGACUGUGCACGGGGUUUCGACGGAAGACGCCGCCUCGCUCGUGGCGGUGGCGGCUGUGAAGUUUUUGAAAGGGCCUUCUGAAACGAUUGAGAGCAGCUGGCGGUGGGGGCGUAACGACACAGAUGUCGCGGUCCCACGGAAGAAACGGCUUGCUGACAGUGAAUCCGGCUGUAUUGAUGUCCCAACAAUAAUUGAGGGGCUCGGCGGUCUCACAGCGGAGGAGUGCGUUGCCCUUAUGGCGUGCCACAGUGUAGGGGAAUUCCACGAACACGUCAGCGGCAUCGACGGCGUGUCGCACAUUGGUAGCCAGUACAAACUGAGCCACGAGUAUUACAAAUUUCUUUUGGCCAAUGAAAAGCGUUUCUUCGAGCUGGAGGUGCCUCGGACGGAGGAGAAUAAGGCAAUCCAGCGUCUUCCAAAGGACUUUGUCUGCGUGUACACACAGGUGGGAAAGAAGAAUAAAAGGCGGCAAUGUGUCUUUAACCGGCGCGAGGUGGAGGCCCUGCUACGCAACAAAACUUGGAGGAAGCUGACGGAGCAGUACGCGGCGGAUGAGACGGCGUGGUCUGUGGCUUUUCAGUCUGCCUUUACAAAAAUGAUCGAGUGUCAUUUUAAGCGCCUGCGAACGUACAACAGGUCCUCGGCGUAA